AUGUGGUCAGGGAGGAAAACACAAACUUUUAAUGUCAGCGGGACUCUGCCUAUGUCUCCAAUUUCAGUGGUCAGUUCUGUAUGUGGCAGAAAUUUGGGGAAGAAUCAACUUGGUGGUGUCAUAUUUGGUUGCAAAAACAGGACAAUAAAAGAAUGUCAAUCAAAGCAACUCUUUGGCUUACCAGCUCAGCAUUUUUCCUAUGUGAAGAACAUUGAUCCUGGGUUGCCUGUGUUUCUGUUCAACUAUAGUGAUAGGAAGCUUUAUGGAAUUUAUGAGGCAUCUAGUAAGGGUCAAAUGUAUAUAGACCCUUAUGCAUGGACAUCUGAUUGUUCAGAGAGAACACAAUAUCCGGCUCAGGUGCAAAUUCGUGUCCGGCUUCACUGCCAACCACUGUCUGAAGAUCAAUUUGGACAAGUAAUUGGAGGCAACUACUACACCAAUAACCAUUUCUGGUUUGAGCUAGAUCAUAGACAAACAAGUAAACUAAUGUCUUUGCUAGUGUGUUUAGCAAUUGCCCCUGGUACCCCUAUAUCACGGUGUACAAUGAAGUUGAGAACUGUAUCUCCAUGUCCUCCAUCAUGCAAAACUCAGAAAAAAGAUGAAGCAUUUGAAACACUUGAAUCAGAGACAAAGCAUUUUACCAGUUCAAGUAGGAGAACAGAUUUCACUGAAAUCAAGCCAUUGGAUAGACACACAAUUGUGAAGGAGGUAAACCAGGAUGAGAAGAACCUUAUAUAUAUGAAACUAAAGGAAUUGGCUCUUGCCCGUGAAAAUCAAGAACUCUCUUUAACAGACAAUGUAAAAGACACUGAUGAUGAGAAUAAUAUGUGCUAUGUGGAAAAGGGUUGUCUGGAAGUACCAGCAGAUUCAGAGAAGAACGAAGAGAGUUCCAGUCCUCCAUUUGAGUAUCAAUACAUCAUAGACCAGUUGAUGCAAGAAACUGAAGAACUGAUGGCUUUCAAGAAAAUACAAACACAGAAGAAUUGUUACCUGGAGCAGAAACUGAUGGAGGCAGCAUUGGAAAUUCAGCAUCUGAAAGAUCGAUGUACAAUGUUAGAAUCUGCAUUUAGUCCUCAUCUGACACAUGUUGAGACGACAGUUAACCAGACAUCUGCUGAGCAGCAUUUAGAUCCUAAGGAAUCAUUAUUUUUAAUAGAAGGUUAUGAUGGAGAAUCAUGGUUAUUAGCUAUGAAUUUGUAUUGUCCUUCCCAGAAUGUGAUCAAAUAUGUUAUCAAGCCUAUGAGCUCAGUUCAAUCAUAUGCUUCAUUAAUACAGUUGAAGGGUGAGCUUUAUGUUUCUGUUGCUGGAAAUGGUUGUGUUUGGGAUGAUUCAGUUGAAUCAUACAGUUCAAUUCCCUACAAAAGGACCUUGUGCCCCUCUAUGAAUCAGAAGAAAGGAAGCUUGGCUAGAGUUUCUUUGAUCAACAAAACAUUUGCAGCUGGUGGUGUCAAUGGAGUUAACUGCUUUUCAGAUAUUGAGAUGCUUGAUAUAGACAUUGGAAGGUGGAUCUCUACACGUUCUAUGCUACAUAAGAGAUUUGCUGUUGCUGCUGUGAACCUCAAUGGUGUGCUUUAUGCUACUGGUGGAUAUAAUGAAACUACUUAUUCAAAGUAUGCUCUGGGUGGCUUUGAUGAAAGAACAAUGGUUCCAAGUAUUGAAGGGUUUGAUGCUUGUCUUGGGGCAUCCAUGAUGGGGAAACUAAUGAAUCAUCUAGGGGGAUAUGUUUCAGUAGCUUUUGUCAAGGAAUCUAUCAAUGUGAUUGAGGAAGUCAAAGUUGAUGAGAACAUUGUAGAUACAAUUCUUGAGUCAACAGCGGUGGUUUAUGGUAAUAAUGAUGUCGACAACAAUAAUAAUCAUUCAGAUACUAACAACUAA